AUAACCACACAAACAAUCUCGAUUGAACCGCCAUUUAUUAACCUUGGCUUUGCCUCCCGCACUCACAGGUUCACUCUCUCUCUCUCUCUCUCUAUUCCUUGGUGAACCACAAAACGACAACAACUGCUUAAAACCUUAGAUAAUGGCAACGACAACUACAACAACUAAAACAACAAUAACCAAUUCCCUCAAACCUCAAAACCAACAACAACAACCCAUUGUCAAACCUAAACGACGCAAGUGUCGCGAAACCACAAUCUCCACUUCCGCCACACAACCCGAACCCGAACCUCAAUUACCCGAUUCACCUUCUACUUACACAGUUCGUUACUCACCUGGUAGAUUUUCACCAAUCAUGGAUUUCACACACUCUUCUUCUUCACCAAUUUCAAACGGACAUUCCACUUCCGGUUCGGGUCAUGACCCGUUUCCUUCAAGCUUCACCAAAUUCAACUCUGCACUCACCGCCGGUCUUCUCAACCCAAUGUCGCCGCCACCGGACAAAACCCGAUCAAGUCCAACUCUCUUCGAAAUGAUGGUCAACGAACCCGAUAUUCAACAACGGACAAAUCAGAUCCCAAUCAACAAUGCAACUUCUUCAAUGCCAAAACCCCAAAUUAUUGCACAAGAUCGAGAAACCCUAAUGAUGAAUCGAAUUUCUGAACUAUUAUCUUCACGUAGUCCUGGUAAUCAUUUCAAUGAUUCAUCUUCCAGUGAUAUUAAGCUUACUCUUAGUUCUAAAGAUGGAUUCAGUGUUUCCAUGAAUGUGCAUCGUCAGAUUCUUGUUGCGCAUAGUAGAUUUUUUUCUGUCAAGCUUUCUGAUCGGUGGACGCAGAGUCAGCAACGUUCGGCGUUACCGUAUCUUGUUGAAAUUGCGGAUUGUGAUGAUGUUGAGGUUUAUGUCGAGACUUUGAGGUUGAUGUAUUGUAAGGAUCUUAGGAAGAAGCUUAUGAAAGAGGAUGUUUGUAAAGUUUUGGGUAUUUUGAAGGUUUCGGCUGCAAUUGGAUUUGAUGCUGGGGUUUUGUCUUGUUUGGAGUACUUGGAAGCGGCACCGUGGGCAGAGGAUGAAGAAGACAAAGUGGCGUCGCUCCUGUCUGAACUUCGUCUUGAAUCUGUUGGAGCUGUGGAGGUUUUGAAGAGGGUUUCCACUGAAGUUGCCAAUGGAAAUGAAGAGGGGAAUGACAACGAGGAAGUCUUGCUUAAACUUAUUCGUGUGGUUCUUGAAGGUAAAGAUGAAAAGGCUAGGCGAGAGAUGAAAGGGUUGGUGUCGAAGAUGCUGCAUGAGAAUUCUUCUCAGAAUGAUCUUCGGAAGGAGUCAUUAUACUCGGCAUGUGAUGAUUGUCUGCAAUUACUUCGUCACCACUUUUUGCGGGCUGCGGAUUCAGACCUGCAGGAUGUAAGUCAAAUUGCACGACAAGCAGAUAAUUUGCAUUGGAUUUUGGAUAUUUUGAUUGAUAGACAGAUUGCGGAGGAUUUCCUGAAAAUGUGGGCAUCUGAAUCAGAAUUAUCUGAAGCACAUUCUAAGGUGCCUGCAGUUCAUAGGUUUGAGGUUAGCAGAGUUACCGCUAGGUUGUUUGUUGGGAUUGGAAAGGGACAAUUGUUGGCUACUAAAGAGGCUAGGUGUUUACUUCUCAAAACGUGGCUUGUUCCAUUUUAUGAUGAUUUUGGUUGGAUGAGGAGAGCAUCCAAGGGCCUUGAUAGGCAUAUAAUUGAGGAUGGUCUUAGUAACACAAUUCUCACCUUACCACUCUCCUGGCAACAGGAAAUUUUGCUUGCUUGGUUUAAUCGCUUCUUGAAUUCCGGUGAAGAUUGCCCAAAUAUUCAAAGAGGGUUUGAAGUUUGGUGGAGAAGGGCUUUCUGGAAGAGGAACGGAGAGCAAGACCGGACAAGACAAUUACGAAUUACAUCUGCAUCAGUUGAGCAUACUUGAAGAUGAUAUUUUUCCACAGUGGAGGAAACGGCAGACUAUAUACAUGGUGUGUCACCUUUUAACCUUCUCACGAUCGUCUCUAUAUGAUUCCUCUAUGAUUAUCAGUAUUUAAGCCUUCUGUCAAACUCUGGUAGAAAGAAUAGAUGCGCAAACCUUUGUGUGAAACUAGUUUUAGACUCAAUGUCUUCAUGCUUUGCCUGGUAGAUGGCACUAUUUAUUGCCACCUCCUAUUUUGUGGGAAAUAACCAGAGAGAAUACUUCUGUUUUCUUUUUCUUCCUUCAUAUCUGUUGUGUGAUUUACACCUAGGCUGAUCAUGAUUUUGGACUCUCUUGUCAGUUGAAUGGAUUGUACUCUGAUAAGAAGGAACAGAUAAAAGUGAUUCUGAGAUACCUAACAAAAAUAAAUCCCUCAUCUUAUCAAUGAGACUGUUUGGUCUUCCCCAUGCAUGCAAGAUAAAGCUUCAGAGAAAUUUUUACUUGUAGCAUGUUAUAAAACAAAUUAAGUGGUCAUAGCAUAUAGUCACCUGCACCUUUAUCGUAUCGUAUGCCAGGAUGUUUAGUUCAUGAUGCUCAUUUGUCAAUGUCUCAUGCUUCAAACCACCAAAUUUUCGUGUUCGGGUCUGUAAUGAUUUUCAAUGUUUGAUUUUUUCUCUGUGAAGUCAAUCUGCUGGAACAUUCUUUAGUAUAAUUUCUUCUUUAUAUC